AUGGGUUGCAGGGAUUACUUCGAAAACACCCCGGCCGUCACGCUCCUUCGAAUCAUCACCGGUGGCCGGCUCUUUCCACAUGCUGAGACGGCGGUCAGUAAACAGGAGUCGGAGCCAGAGCCAGAGCACGAGCUCGAGUCUGGCCUCAACACAGGCAAUGUCGAAGACCUCGUCGAGGUAAAGAAAGAUGCGUUUUUGGUCACUUGGGAUGGAGAAGAUGAUCCCAAGAACCCCAAGAACUUUUCCACCUUUGCCAAAUGCCUCAUUCCUAUCCAGGUUGGCCUUCUAACCUUUACGGUCACCGCGGCCUCGUCAGUCUAUUCUGGAGGAAUGGAAGGCGUCAUGGAGGAAUUCCACUGCAGCAACUCGGCAGCUGCUCUCGGCCUCAGUCUCUUUGUUGUUGGGUAUGGGAUAGGGCCCAUGAUCUGGGGUCCCCUGUCCGAGAUACCACAGAUCGGACGAAAUCUCGUGUACAUCCCAACUCUCAUCGUCUUUGUGUGCCUGCAGGUACCCACGGCACUUGCAGGGAAUCUCGGCACUCUUCUGUCCAUGAGAUUGCUAGGUGGUAUUAUCGGUAGCCCCUGCAUGGCAGUUGGUGGUGCCAGUAUCAUCGACGUCUUCGAACCCAGAUACGUGCCUUACUGUCUUGGAACUUGGGGCUGUAUUGCUGGUAUGGGUCCCAUGAUCGGGCCGCUGAUCGGUGGAUUUGCCUUCCAGCUGCACAACUGGCGCUGGACCAUCUGGGCCAUCUUGUGGAUGUCUGCCUUCGUCCUCGCCCUCACGUUCUUCUUCCUUCCCGAGACAUCGGCGGACAAGAUCUUGAGCGACAAGGCGGCACGACUGCGCAAGCAGACGGGCAAUCCGGAGUGGAAAUCGGCGACCGAGAGAGUCGGCGCUCUCUCGUUGGAGAGCGUGGCGCGCGUCUACCUCAUCAGACCGUUUGCCAUGUUGAUCUACGAACCCAUCGUCCUCCUCCUCUCACUCUACCUCGCACUUCUCUACGGCAUCGAGUAUCUCUUUUUCGAAGCUUUCCCUUUCGUCUACGCUGGAAUCUACGGUUGGGGCCCGGGAGUGGUUGGUCUAAGCUUCUUCGGCGCCCUCAUUGGCGUCUUCAUCGGAAUGGCCUUUCAGAUGUGGUUCAUCCGGUAUCGGUACGGUGGGCAGUGGGCACGCACUGGACAGCCGCCUCCUCUUGAGGAAUGGCUCUGGACCAUGCUCUUUGGCUGUUUCUGCGUGCCCAUCAGCAUGUUCUGGUUUGGCUGGGCGGCACAAGCAAGGACGCAUUGGAUCGUUCCCCUGAUUGGAUCUGUCCCGUUCGGAUUUGCUUUGCUUGUUUUCUUUCAAGGAAUCCUCAACUAUCUCGCGUUGGCGUACCAACAACAUGCCGCCUCCGUCCUGGCCGCGAAUGACUUGUUGCGAUGUAUCUUCGGGGCAGCGUUCCCGAUCUUCAGCCACGCCAUGUAUCAAAACCUCGGUGUGGGAUGGGCGAGCAGCAUUCCGGGCUUUCUCUCGGCGGCGUUGAUCCCAGUGCCAUUCAUCUUCUACAAAUACGGCGCCAAGAUCCGGGCAUGGAGUAAGUAUACUAGUUGA